AUGGCCGAAUCCGGUAUCGAUCUGGGUUACGAUUUAUCGGCCCUGCUUACCGACGACUUUGAUAUCGAAAGUGCUAUUGAUUUCGACGACCUGUUGGGAACGCCGAAAAAUCAAGAAUUUUACCAGCUUACUUCUAAAACUUUACCCGUAUCCGAAAGCAGGCCGAACCUGAAAACAACCACACUCCAAACACGAACCCAGCUGAAACUUCAGCUAAUGAGAGAUCAUGCUAUCUUAGAGCAACAAAAACAGGCGGCCAGAAGGCAAAGGGCGCAACAAGAAUUGCAACAAACGCAGAGUCAGCGGCCGCCCCCGGUACCGGUAAAAGUACCCCUGCACAGUAUAGCCCGGGACGUACCACCCCAGGUGCUAGAAGUCGAAACCAAGCUUGAAAAUCCCACUAGAUACCAUGUAAUUCAGAAACAGAAAAGUCAAGUGAAGCAAUACUUGAGCGAAUCUUUUCAAGGUUCUUAUCAUGCCGCAUUUAUGCCGGAUUAUUUGAAGAAACCAACUCAGACUCACAGUGCACCGGGUGCCACCAAUAAUCUGCAAUCUCCCUCAACUACAAAUUUUACCGCUCAAUCGCAACAGUACAGGACGCAUCAAGUUUCGCCUAACUAUGACGUGCCCGCCAUGUCGCCCGCUCUCAGUUCCGGUGCUACUAGUACUUCCGAGGCUGAAGAACUAUUAGACGAUCUACUGUCGCUGGAAUCCAGUUCGUUGGCAUCCGACAGUUUUAAGACCUCUGACGGUUCGUUAACAAACGAUGUGAUUAAAAACGAACUUAUACUUAGUGAAGCGGAGCUCCACGCAAUUGCCAAAGAUAGACAAAAGAAAGACAAUCACAACAUGAUUGAGCGCCGAAGGAGGUUUAACAUAAACGAUCGAAUUAAAGAACUGGGAACCCUGUUACCGAAAAACAACGAUCCUUACUACGAAAUCGUGAGGGACGUGCGUCCGAACAAAGGGACGAUAUUAAAAUCAUCGGUCGAAUACAUUAAGUGCCUUAAAAACGAAAUACAACGAUUAAAACAACAGGAGGCGCGCCAAAAACAAAUGGAAGAUAUCAAUCGUCGAUUACAAUUACGAGUUCAGGAACUCGAACGUCAAGCGAAAUCUCACGGAUUGCCGGUGUCUGACUUCAAUUGGCAAGGGUUGUCCGUUAGCAACCACUCCCCCUACAACUCGUACGGCAGUCGGAACAUCGAACCCAAUAUCGAUUCAAACAUCGAGCACAAUUUAGACCACAAUAUCGAUCAGAUCGAUCACAACCAUUCGGUGAAUACUAUUUUGCCUUCAUCGGUAUUUGCCGACGCCAGCCGGAAGUUGCAGAUGCCAGAUGUUAUUACGGACGCAACCCUGGGUUUGCCAGUGGCAAUGGAAGAAGGCAUGGACGAUGACGAUCUCGUAUACGGUGGCGUGAAUAGUGAUCCCAUGCUUUCUUCUCAACACCCCUUACCUGGAGAGAAUUUUUUGGUAAGGACCUCAUCUCCAGUGCAUCCUGGGUCCGGAGACCCUUUACUAUGUGAGGAUCGUAUUCCCACGCCCGUACCAACAAGUCAUAUUGAUCAAGUUGACGGUAGUGACACGCUUGACAUAGACAUGAUAGCAUGAUUUCAAUAGCACAGCCACAAUGGAAUCUAAAAAUUGUGAUACGUAGCUGCGUUAACACCUCGUAUCACUAUAGUGCCCGUACUUUUCGUAGAAGUCUGCUUGUCCUGAUUCAACUUAACGUUUUAGUUUUGUAAUUCAGUUUGAUCCAAUCAAUGUAACAAAAAUGUCAAUUUUUUUUGUUUUGAUCGUUUUAUUUUCAAGAGCUGGGCUAAUGUUUUAUUCAUGAUUAGUUACUUAAUCGUUAGAUUCAUGACAUAAUAUAUUAUAGGUGCUGUCAUCGGCAGAAUACAGUUUUCGGCCAUUCGAAGUUACCAACGAUUGUUAACUUUAUAUCAAAGAAUACUACUUAAUUGAUUGGACCCUCUUCCAGCUCUGUUUGUUAUUUAUUCUCAUUUUAAAUAUUAUCUUGUAGUCGUUUGUAUCACGUCCUCGAAGGCGAACUUUCGGAAUCAUUUUAAAUAAUGUAAAUUUAAAUUGUCGCAGAAAACCAAAUAGUGCUUGUGAUAGGUUGGAAAAAAUGACCGUAUAUCGCAAUUGUUAUUGUCGUGAAUAUUUAAUAAAAAUGUUGAUAUUGAUCAUUAUAGUUUCAUUAAAUGUUUGACGUUUUC